CGCCAUGCCAUGGAUAUUCUGUGGCAGUACCAGUUCAGGAUAAUUCUACUUGGGGACUCAACCGUCGGGAAAUCGUCUUUGCUUAAACGGUUCACGGACGGAAUAUACAGCGAUGUGGCUGAUCCAACGGUCGGUGUAGAUUUUUACGCUCGCUCCUUAGAGAUCGAGUCGGGUGUGAAAAUAAAGCUGCAGUUGUGGGAUACUGCUGGUCAAGAACGGUUUAGGUCUAUCACGACCUCCUACUAUCGUAACUCGGUGGGCGGUCUCUUAGUCUUUGACCUGACCAAUCGCAAGACCUUCGACCACAUACGGGAAUGGCACCGGGAGGUCAGCGAGCACAUACUGCCACAUCACAUGGUCUACAUCCUGAUUGGUCACAAGAGCGACCUCGGCCGUGACCGGAAGGUGACCCGGGACGAGGCGGAGCAGCUGGCGGCCGAGCUGGGCAUCCGUUACGUGGAGACGUCGGCCAAGUGCAACAGCAACGUGGACCGGGCGUUUGAAUUGCUCACGCGUGACAUUUACGAGCUGAUGAAGAUGGGGGAGAUCUCCACCAGGGACGGCUGGGACGGAGUCAAAAGCGGCCUCACUGCCAAGGUGCUCUACCCCGCCGAGGAAGAGACGGGCGAAAGAGAGAAGAGCUGCAACUGUUGA